AUAAAUGAGGAAAAAAUUGUGCGAAGCGAGACGAGAAUGGCGUCCACGCUGUUUAAGAAAAAAUAAAAUCUAACAAUUGUGUGUAUUUAGAGUCGUUAAAUUGUGCGUACAACAAACAAAUACAACAUACAUUUUAAGCAGUCGUUUCGUGCUUCUGCUCUCGUCGGCGGCGGCUUUCUCGUUGUAUUUGAUUUGCAAAAAAAAAUCGCUUUGUAUGUGGCUCGCUUCGUCGUCAUGCUGCGAAAUUGUUUAAAAAUUAAGUGAAAUAUACUUUAUUAAUAGAGAAAAGUAUGUGCAACAUGUGCAGGGUAUAUCUGGUGAUCAGUCGCGAGUGAGUGUACCCUCCCCCGCAGUGUUUUUGCAAGCCUAGCAGCCUUGCGAAAAAAAUUUCCUUGGCAGCGCAGCGCAGCCAGACAAGACUUGCAUACACUUCAAAUUCGUUUCGUUCGUAUACCGAGCUUGCUGCCCUGUCCCUGUCUUCUCGCGCGAGUUCGUUUUCAGUAUAUAUAGCCAGUCUAUGGACGGUCGUCAAUGCGUGAAUAUUCUUCUAUGUGUAAGUCUAACAUAACCUCAAAUUUGCCGCUGCAGUCGUCGGAGAAGUCGUCGUCAUCAUCAGCGUCAGCGUUGUUGGCGGGUCCUCCCCAGCCCCCACAGCCACACCGCCAGCAGCAGCAGCAAAUGAGCAGCCAUGAAUGAGAAAAUAAAGUCGCCGUCAACCCAGGGAGGUGCUGGGGCCGGAGCCCCCGCUGCUGCUCCGCCCGCGGCAUCUGGGAGUGUAGCCGCCGCAGCAGCAGCCAGCAGUGGUGCAGGUGCCGGUGUCGGUGUCGGUGCCAAUUCUGUAUCCACCCCACCCACUUCCGGCCCACCCACGCCCAACAACAACGGCAGCGAUCCGAUCAUACAGCAAAAUGUCGGAGUGCCGCACCCCUACGGUGCCCCACCACCACCUGGCUCGGCACCAGGUGCACCACCGGACCCGGUGGCAGUAAUGCACUACCACCAUCUGCAUCAGCAGCAACAACAGCAGCAUCCGCCCCACAUGCAACAUCACGGCGGGCCGGCGCCGCCGCCAGGAGCACCUGAGCAUGCGCCCGGCGUGAAGGACGAUUACGGUGCGGCGGUGGCUCACCUGCCACCGCCCCACGCUCAUCCUGCCUACGCGCGGUACCACACGGGAGACCCCAACAUGGAUCCCUACCGCUACGGUCAGCCAUCGCCCGGCGGCAAGCUCCCGCAGCCCCAUCAGCAGCAGCAGCCACAACAGCAGCAGCAGCAGCAGCCACCGGGUGCGGGAGGCUCUCCCAAUCGGCCGCCACAGCAGCAACGUUACAUCCCUGGCCAGCCGCCGCAAGGGCCCACGCCCACGUUGAACUCCUUGCUGCAGUCCUCGAAUCCGCCGCCACCCCCGCAGCACCGCUAUGCGAAUAGCUACGAUCCCCAGCAAGCCGCCUCGGCGGCAGCAGCAGCCCAACAGCAACAACAGCAGGCGGGAGGACCCCCGCCUCCACCUCCAGGACAUGGACCGCCUCCGCCACAGCAUCAGCCAUCGCCGUACGGAGCGCAACAGGGCGGCUGGGCACCGCCUCCACGACCCUACAGUCCACAGUUGGGGCCGUCGCAGCAGUAUAGGACGCCACCGCCGACAAACACUUCCAGGGGUCAAUCGCCUUAUCCGCCAGCUCACGGUCAAAAUUCAGGUUCCUAUCCUAGUUCGCCGCAGCAGCAGCAGGCACAGGCACAACAGCAGCAGGCGGGUCAGCAGCCUGGUGGCGCGGGACCGGGAGGACCUCCGCCGGGCGCCGCACAGCAACAGCCGCAGCAGAACACACCGCCAACAUCUCAAUAUUCGCCGUACCCGCAAAGAUACCCCACUCCGCCCGGACUGCCGGCCGCGGGACCCAAUCAUCGAACUGCCUAUUCGACGCACCAGUAUCCGGAACCGAAUCGGCCCUGGCCUGGCGGUUCUUCGCCCAGUCCUGGUCCCGGACAUCCAUUGCCGCCCGCCUCCCCGCAUCAUGUGUCGCAGCCACUGCAACAGCCCCCUCCGCCGCAUGCUGCAGCCGGAGGACCCCCACCCAGCAGUCCAGGCCAUGCUCCCAGUCCCUCGCCACAGCCCUCGCAGGCAUCCCCCUCGCCGCAUCAGGAGCUGAUUGGUCAGAACAGCAACGACAGCUCCAGCGGCGGGGCGCACAGUGGCAUGGGCUCCGGUCCUCCCGGCACACCCAAUCCCCAGCAAGUCAUGCGGCCCACCCCCUCACCCACUGGCUCAUCCGGCUCGCGUUCCAUGUCCCCAGCAGUGGCACAAAAUCAUCCAAUCUCGCGCCCGGCGAGCAACCAGUCGAGCAGCGGCGGUCCCAUGCAGCAGCCUCCGGUUGGAGCCGGGCCACCACCAAUGCCCCCUCAUCCGGGCCUACCCGGCGGACCGCCUCAGCAGCAAUCUCAGCAGCAGCAGGCCUCGAACUCGACCCCGCCGCCGGGCCCGCCGCCCAAUCAAGGAAUGAACAACAUGGGCACGCCCCCACCACCACCUCAAGGUGCGUCCGGCGGGGGCUACCCGAUGCCUCCGCACAUGCACGGAGGCUACAAGAUGGGCGGACCGGGCCAGAGUCCAGGAGCGCAAGGCUAUCCCCCGCAGCAGCCGCAGCAAUAUCCACCAGGCAACUACCCGCCACGUCCGCAGUAUCCGCCUGGGGCUUACGCAACCGGACCGCCACCUCCACCAACCAGCCAAGGCGCUGGCGGAGCCAACAGCAUGCCAUCUGGAGCCCAAGGCGGCGGCUACCCGGGACGGUCCAUGCCCAAUCACAGCGGCGGAAGUCCACACGGGCAGUAUCCGCCUUACCAGUGGGUGCCGCCGUCGCCUCAGCAGCAAGCCGGGGCUCCGCCUGGCGGUACAAUGGUUGGCAACCACGUUCAGGGCAAGGGCACACCGCCGCCUCCGGUGGUGGGGCCACCGCCUCCUCAGGGCAGUGGCUCGCCCCGCCCACUCAACUAUCUGAAGCAGCAUUUACAGCACAAAGGUGGCUACGGAGGCAGCCCCACGCCACCGCAAGGCUACGGCAACGGGCCGACCGGAAUGCAUCCCGGCAUGCCAAUGGGUCCGCCCCACCACAUGGGACCGCCGCACGGGCCCACCAACAUGGGUCCGCCCACGAGUACUCCGCCCCAGUCGAUGCUGGGUGGCCAGGGACAGCCGCCUGGCGGUCCGGACAGCGGUGGCCCCGAGCACAUAUCGCAGGACAACGGAAUAAGCUCAUCCGGGCCGACAGGCGCCACCGGGCUGCACCCGGUCACGGCGGUGGUCACCACUGGUCCCGAUGGGACGCCUAUGGAUGAAGUCAGUCAACAGAGCACGCUCUCGAAUGCAUCAGCUGCGUCCGGCGAAGAUCCCCAAUGCACCACACCAAAGUCGCGCAAGAAUGACCCUUAUAGCCAAAGUCAUUUAGCCCCUCCGAGCACGUCGCCGCAUCCCGUUGUGAUGCACCCGGUCAGCGGCGGCCCCAGCGAGGAGUUCGACAUGAGUUCGCCACCCAAUUGGCCGCGUCCGGCUGGCAGUCCGCAGGUGUUUAACAGCCAUGUUCCCGUGCAGCAGGAGCCCUUCCGCAGCACGACGAAGAAGUCGGAUUCCCUGUGCAAGCUGUACGAAAUGGACGACAAUCCAGACAGGCGAGGAUGGCUGGACAAGCUGCGGUCGUUCAUGGAGGAACGGCGGACGCCGAUCACCGCCUGCCCAACCAUCUCAAAACAGCCACUCGAUUUAUAUAGGUUAUAUAUUUAUGUAAAAGAACGUGGCGGAUUCGUCGAGGUAUGCAAGGUGACCAAGAGCAAGACCUGGAAGGAUAUUGCCGGACUCCUGGGAAUCGGCGCCAGCAGCAGUGCAGCGUACACGCUGCGGAAGCAUUACACCAAGAAUCUAUUGACUUUCGAGUGUCACUUUGACCGCGGCGAUAUUGAUCCCCUGCCCAUCAUCCAGCAGGUGGAGGCCGGCAGCAAGAAGAAGACGGUCAAGGCCGCCUCCGUUCCCUCGCCAGGUGGUGGCCAUUUGGAUGCUGGGACAACCAACUCGACAGGCUCGUCGAACUCGCAGGACUCGUUCCCGGCCCCGCCAGGCGCCGCCCCGAACGCUGCGAUCGAUGGCUAUGCAGGCUAUCCGGGCGGCAGUCCGUACCCUGGCGCCGGUGGGCCGCAGACGGACUAUGGCGCGGCAGGCCAGAUGCAGCGCCCGCCCUCACAGAGUAACCCGCAGACACCUCAUCCCGGCGCCGCCGUAGCUGUUGCCGCCGUCGGUGAUAAUAUAAGUGUGAGCAAUCCCUUCGAGGAUACCAUUGCUGGCGCUGGGCCUGGCCCUGGUCCAGGACCAGGUACCGGGGGUCCUGGUGUUGGCGUUGGUGCUGUUGCUGCUGUUGUAGGCGGUGCCCUGCCACCGCCACCACCCCAUUCACCACACGCCGUCCAGCAGUCGGCCACGCAGCAGCAGCAUCCCCAGCAUCCGGGACUGGCCGGGCCACCGCCACAGCAGCAGCAGCAGCCACCACAGCCGGGUGCUCCACCGGCGGGUGCACCACAGCAACAUGGGACUGGGCCGGUGCCACCAUCGCCGCAGCACCAGCAGCAGCAGCAGCAUGUGCGCCCAGCCGCCGGAGCACCUUAUCCGCAGGGUGGCUCCGCUUAUCCAACGCCUGUGUCUAGAACGCCAGGCUCUCCCUAUCCAUCACAACCCGGAGCUUAUGGCCAGUACGGUGCGAGCGAUCAGUACAAUGCCACCGGGCCGCCUGGUCAGCCAUUUGGACAGGGCCAAGGACAGUAUCCGCCACAGAACCGCAAUAUGUACCCUCCCUACGGUCCGGAGGGGGAAGCUCCACCGGCUGGUGCCAAUCAAUAUGGACCCUACGGCAGCCGGCCGUACAGUCAGCCCCCGACAGGGGGACCCCAGCCGCCGGCGCAGGCAGGGGCGGGCGGGCCACCGACGAGUGGAUCACCUGUGGCGCCACCGACUGGCGGCUAUGCACCGGGAACACCCACGCAGCAGGACUACUAUAGGCCGCCACCCGAUCAGAGUCCGCAGCCCCGAAGGCAUCCUGACUUCAUCAAGGAUCCACAGCCUUAUCCAGGCUAUAAUGCAAGGCCUCAGAUUUACGGUGCAUGGCAAGGCGGUGGGCAGCAGUAUCGACCACAGUAUCCGACAUCUCCCGCACCUCAGUCCUGGGGGAGUGCCCCACCCCGUGGGGCAGCACCUCCACCUGGGGCCCCUCACGGUCCGCCGAUACAACAGCCCGCAGGAGUGGCCCAGUGGGAGCAGCAUAGGUAUCCGCCACAGCAGGCCCCGCCGCCGCCUCCGCAACAGCAGCAGCAGCAACAACAGCCACCAUACCAGCAGGCCGCACCACCCGGUCAACAGCAGCAGCAGGCGCCUCCUCAGUGGGCCCAGAUGAGCGCUGGGCAGCCAACGCAGCCCGGCAUAGCUCCUCCAGGAUCCCCGCUAAGACCUCCGUCUGGCCCGGCGAGUCAGCAGCAGCGGAUGCCCGGCAUGCCGCCCCAGCAGCAGCCUCCGGGAAGCCAACAGCCAUCCCAGCAACCGCCACACGGAGGCGUCCCCUCGCCAGGCAUGCCCCAGUUGCCCGGAGGGAUGGUGAAGCCACCGUAUGCCAUGCCACCGCCGCCAACUCAGACGGUGGGCCAGCCUAUCGGCCAGCCGGCCGCAGGUGGAAUGAUUCCGCAGAAGCAGCCGCCCAUCGUCGGUCCGGGAAUGCCGCAGCCACCUCCCCACCAGCAGCAUCCACAUCCGCACCAGCAGCACCCACAGCAUCAGCAUCCACUGCCGCCCAACCAACAGCAGCAGCCCGGUAGCUAUGCUCCACAGGUGUCCGGAGGCGGGCCAGGGGCUCAGUUGGUAAAGAAGGAGCUGAUCUUCCCGCACGACAGCGUUGAGUCGACGACCCCGGUGCUCUACAGGAGGAAGCGCCUGACCAAGGCGGAUGUGUGUCCCGUGGACCCGUGGCGGAUAUUCAUGGCCAUGCGAUCCGGGCUGCUGACGGAGUGCACGUGGGCCCUGGACGUGCUCAAUGUGCUGCUCUUCGACGACUCUACGGUGCAGUUUUUUGGCAUCUCGAAUCUGCCAGGCCUGCUCACACUGCUGCUGGAGCACUUCCAGAAGAAUCUCGCCGAGAUGUUCGACGAACGUUGUGAAGAGCCACUGGACGAGGCGGAAGACGACGCGGACAGUGGCACGGUCAUGGGCACGGGCGGCAUCGAGCAUAGAGAGCGGGCCGGACGACAGACGCGGUGUGUACGGAGCAUCUGCAGCUACAACCGGAAGCGUCACUACGAGAAUAUGGACCGGAAGAACGGUAGCAGCGACUCCGAGGACGCCGACGAAGGCAUCGAUCUGGGCCAGGUGAGAGUUCAACCAAACCCCGAGGAGCGAUCUCUGCUGCUCUCCUUCACGCCCAACUAUACGAUGGUCACCAGAAAGGGUGUGCCUGUGCGCAUCCAGGCGGCGGAGCAGGACAUCUUCGUGGACGAGCGCCAAAAGGCAUGGGACAUUGACACAAACAGGCUGUACGAGCAGCUGGAGCCGGUGGGCAGCAAUGCAUGGACCUAUGGCUUCACCGAGCCGGAUCCCCUCGACGGCAUCAUUGACGUAUUCAAGUCUGAGAUCGUAAACAUUCCAUUCGCACGCUAUGUUCGCUCCGGGAAGGCGAAAUCUCGCCAGGUCACUGACACGGCCACCAGUCCCAAGCCUGACAUCAAGCAAGAGGAAAACACGACGAAUAGCACGGAGGAUAGCAGCGGCGGUAGUCUGCUCCAGGAUUCAUUCAAUAAGAAGCGGCGCCUGGUCAGCGGUGACAGCAGCAGCAGUAAAGUCCGAGAAGGAUCUGGCGAGAUCAAGAAAUCCAAGCUGGGUGACGAGAUCGCCCCGCCAAACGUCGAGGUGAAGAGGGAACCGGGAACCUCCAGUACGACGGACACCAGUGACAGCGAUUGUCGAGCCGUUGACAUGGAAAUCGAGACGCCCAGCAUGCAGCUACAACGUCUAACGAACGGAAUAGCUUCCUCCUCCCCACCUUUGGGCGCCUUUGAUCCCAAAGCGACGGUGCGAGAUGCGGCGCAAGUGCUUCAGCGAAAACGCGACUCCAGCUACGAGGACGAGUGCUACACGCGGGACGAGGCCUCGCUCUACCUGGUAAACGAGAGCCAGGACUCGCUUGCACGCCGCUGCAUCGCCCUCUCGAAUAUUUUUCGCAAUCUGACCUUCGUUCCCGGCAACGAGACGGUGCUAGCCAAGUCCACCCGAUUCCUAGCCGUCCUGGGGCGCCUGCUGCUGCUGAACCACGAACACUUGCGGCGCACACCCAAGACGCGAAACUACGACCGGGAGGAGGACACCGACUUCAGCGACUCGUGCAGUUCGCUGCAGGGGGAGCGCGAGUGGUGGUGGGACUACCUGAUCACCAUUCGGGAAAACAUGCUAGUGGCGAUGACCAACAUAGCGGGCCACCUGGAGCUCUCCCGCUACGACGAGCUGAUCGCCCGCCCCCUCAUCGACGGACUGCUUCACUGGGCCGUCUGUCCCAGCGCCCACGGCCAGGACCCGUUCCCCUCGUGCGGCCCCAAUUCCGCGCUUUCGCCUCAGCGCCUAGCGCUGGAAGCGCUCUGCAAGCUGUGCGUGACUGAUGCGAACGUGGACCUGGUCAUUGCGACGCCACCGUUCUCCCGCCUCGAGAAGCUGUGCGCCGUGCUGACGCGCCAUCUAUGCCGUAACGAGGACCAGGUGCUCCGCGAGUUCUCCGUGAAUCUACUGCAUUACCUGGCCGCGGCGGACAGUGCCAUGGCGCGGACGGUGGCUUUGCAGUCGCCGUGCAUUUCGUAUCUGGUGGCCUUUAUCGAACAGGCCGAGCAGACGGCCUUGGGAGUGGCCAACCAGCACGGACUCAACUUCCUGCGAGAGAACCCCGAUUCGAUGGGCACCAGCCUGGACAUGCUGCGGCGGGCGGCCGGCACUCUGCUGCACCUGGCCAAGCAUCCUGACAACCAGUCGCUUUUCAUGCAGCAGGAGCAACGGCUCCUUGGGCUGGUCAUGUCACAUAUCCUCGACCAGCAGGUAGCCCUGGUCAUCUCGCGGGUGCUGUACCGCGUGUCGCGCGGAGCAAGCCGGAUGCACUCGGUGGAGUUCAGACUCUUACAACAGCGGCAGCAGCAGCAACAGUUGCAACAGCUGCGUCCUUCGGAGAAUCAAGCUCUGGCUGCAAGUGCGGAAGCAGCAGCGGCGUCCAGCAGUGGAGUGAAUUUGGAGUCUGGGAGGGGAGAACCGAAUGCUGAGCCAAGUGGCGCCGAUGUCAAGCCCUCACCAGCAGCCACAUCCAUGUCUUCAUCCACAACUGGCAGCGCAAUGAUCUCCUCGGCGGCGAUCAACGAUGAGAACAGCAACAGCAGCCAGCAGCUUCCGCCGGCAGCCACCUUCAACGACGUGAGCAACAGCAGCACCAAUAGCAACAGCUGCGGGACGGCCAGCAGCAACCAGACCAACAACAGUACCACCAACAGCAGCAGUAACAGCAGCCUGGGCAGCCAGUCCACCUCCACCAUGAACAAUGCCCCGACCACGCCAGCAACCCACGCAACUCCACCAUCGGUCGCCGAGCAGCAGCAGCAGGUGAGCAAAGCCGCCGCCGCAGCCGCAUUGGUGUCGUCGAACCUUAGCGGGAGCCUGAGCAAUGCCACUUCAGCUGCCUCUCCUGUUCUGGCGCCGCCUCCCUCCUCAUCGAGUGCGGCCUCGGCCACAGCCGUGUCGCAGCCGGCGGCACCACCGCCAACGAAUGCGGGAACGACGACAGCCGUUGCGUAGUAUACGACAAUGCUGCCAGCGUCCUACUACUGGCCGCGCCGCGGGGCAGUCGACUGACAAGGAGCCGGAGCCGGAACAGGAGACUGUAGACCGGAUACCGGAUCGGAUAUCGAUGUAAUCAAAUAAUGUACAUUUACUUAAAAGAAGGCCUCUGCGACCUGUAUGCGUUAUGCGUAGGGUGAGCGGAAGGAGAAUCCCCUAGAGAAGGAGAAGGCAUACAUACUUGGCCAGAGCCAGAGCCACAGGUCCCAUGUCAUGUGCGGGCUUCACUGUAACAGUCAAUACAAUAACAACUGUAUAUUUUUUCACUCAAAUCUAUAAAUAGUAAAAAUAUAAACUAAAGCCUAAGCAUAAGCGAUUGCAGCAGCCACAUAAUAAUUAUAAUGAUGAAGAUAAAGUGAAGCAGAUGCAGAAGCAGGAAUGAACACGGUCGUGUGUGACGUUUUUCAACAUUAGCAGGGGAAAAGUACCGUUCCGGAGAUAAUGAGAUUGCCUAAACAGAAGAAGAAGGACAAGAGAAGAGAAAGCACACAGCAUACUUAUUGUAUUAAAUUUAAUAAAUGAAGACAAAGAGGAGAAACGGGAGGCGAGAAGCGUUAGGAGGAGAGUAGCUAAUACAUACAUAUGAAUACGCACGCUAUGGUUUAUCAUAUAUUAAAUAUAUAUAUAAUAAAUGCAUAAACUUACAUUAAACUACAAACAAGAGAUGGAGUGGUGUAUGCCAACAGGAAGUGCAUACACGCGUACGUAUAGACAGACAUUGAUUGAUAUAUAAAAAUAUAUAGAGAGCAUAGUUUUUAAAAAUCUACCACUUACUAAUACAUAUUAAAAAAAUAUGCAGCAAAGAAACUCAUGAAGUGAACAAACAGAAAUCAACGUACGACAGAGGAGACCAGAGAGAGCCGAGUCCCCUAAUAUUAUAUAUGACUAUUGUAAUACAGUUUAAAUACAGUUUUAUGUGAACUACGGAAGAUGCAGUGGCAACAGCAGGAAAGGGAAUGCAUAGUGCAUGUCGAUGGCGUAGGCGUUCACGUUCGCGUUGGUAGGAGCAUUAACAAACCAUUGUACAUACUUAACUAUUAUGUAAAUGUUACAAGGCACAUGUGUGUUUAGGGUGGCAUCAUUGUAUUUCGUAUCAUAUAAAUGGUCUGAAAAAUUCCAGUUUUCCCCGAAUACUACUUGCAUAACUCCUCUCAAACAACAAGCAGAAAAAAUUUAACAUUAAAUCAAAUUAGGUGAUAUAAAAAUAUAUAUAU